AUGGAAACUGGCUCUGAACUUAGCAAAACUGUCGCCAUAUUCAUCGUUCAGAAAAUACUUCUCGAUGAUAAUGGCUUGAACUAUAUCUGUGCCACCUACGAGCGGUUCUAUGCCGUGGGCACUGUACUCAGCAACAUGGUCAAUCAACUUGUCGAACAGCAGACUGCUCGGUUAUUGAAGCACGUGGUCCGCUGUUUUCUUCGGCUUAGUGAUAAUGCCCGCGCCCGUGAGGCAUUGAGGCAGUGUCUUCCCGAGCCUCUCCGCGAUGCAACAUUUUCAUCUGUGUUGCGAGAUGACGCUGCAACGAAACGUUGUCUUGCCCAACUACUCAUAAAUUUGUCGGACAACGUCAUCGACCACAGUAGCGGGAAUCAUCCAGGUCUAUGA